AUGACAGUUGUUCGGGUUAGAGCUAUUUAUGUCGUUGGCAGUGUUCUUCCAUCAGCUCUGGCUGUCAUCUUUGCUGUCAUAAUCAGCAGUAGGAAAGCUGAUACCACGUCUGAGUAUUACGACUCUCCUCAAUCAGACGGUAUCUUACUGAGUCAGGAAGUGACGCCACAUAUCGAUGAAGGAUACCCACAUCAGUCAAAUGAACUAGAACCCCCACAACAUCAGUACUAUCCAGAACACCCACAACAUCAGUACUAUCCAGAACACCCACAACAUCAGUACUAUCCAGAACAUCCACAACAGCAGUACUAUCCCGAACCCCCACAACAGCAGUACUAUCCAGAACACCCACAACAGCAGUACUAUCCCGGACCCCCACAACAGCAGUACUAUCCAGAACCCCCACAACAGCAGUACUAUCCAGAACCCCCACAACAGCAGUACUAUCCAGAACACCCACAAGAGCCAGAUCAACAAGGAACCCCACAACAGCAGUACUACCCAGAACACCCUCAACAGCAGUACUACUACCGUGCCUCUCAGCCAUCUGCUUACGUGCGCUUACCACAAGACCCUGGUCCCAGACAACCCGCCUACCCCCCACAACAGAUGGCCACUACACAAGUUGUGAUCCAAACAUCAGUGAGCUGGACACAGCCACCCUCAGAUCAACAAGUGAUACACCCGGGCAUGAAUGGGCAAACACUCCACAUAGGUUACUCUGGGUCUACCUCUGUCUUGUUUGCGUUUGAUUUUGCUCAUGAGACCCAGACGUUCAAGGUCUUUAUGACUACUCAAGUGUCGCAGAAACAGCAUUGA